CGGAACCGUAAACCGGUGUGGUUACGCAUUCUUUCGUGGUGGACAGAUAGAAGGAGGAACGAGAACGAGGGAAAGGUGGAGGUAGACAACCGGCCGAGGAGAGGACAAAUUGACGAACGUACGUCGGGGAGCCUUUUGACGGAAUACGUUGUUGGUGCCGGUGCCGUUGCCGUUACCUGCCCGUUAUCGAUGCUCGCCUGCGUCCAACGGGAGUUUGUCCCUAUAUCCGCACCACGCUCGAACGUAGGGCAACUACGCGCGAUUCGAUCGGUUACUUAUUGACUGUGAAUCGUCGACGAAUACGGGUAAUCGCGGGCACCGAUACAAUCGGUCGCCUCAAUUUGCGGUGUGCCAGUCGAAUGCGAUGAUCGCGUAAACGAUCACAGCCACGGGAUUCUCCGGUGAAUUGUGUUGAGUGACGGAUCUCGUUACACGCCCAGGAACACCAAACUGUUCGGACCUGACCGACAGACACGGAUGAUACAUCGUUUGGAUCCAACGGGCGAGAAGAGGAACUGAGGAACCUAUAUUCCAGAGGGUUUCCACGGGAGGGGUUGAUAAGGAGAUAACAAGGCUGCCGGGAUGCGGCACGAGGAGCCGCUAAGCUGCAGCUAACACGUGGCGACUCCGCACGCACUCCGCGAUCGCUAGGGAAGCGUAUCUCAUCGUGAGAGGCUGGGACCUCCAGGAUGCCAGGGGUGUGGAGGUUGCUACGUAUGCUGAUCUAUAUGGUGGUUGGCUUGAAGAGCGUCGGUAGCAACGGCGACAUUUGGCCGCUGGAGAGGCCAGAGGGAAUGCCGGCCAUACAAUCCCUCGAAGUGAUGUGCGGAAAGGAUCACAUGGACGUGCAUCUCUCGUUUUCACAACCCUUUGAAGGGAUCGUGUCGUCCAAGGGCCAACACGCCGAUCCACGAUGCGUCUACGUUCCACCGUCUACCGGGCAGACUUUCUUCUCCUUUCGGAUAGCUUACGCGAGAUGCGGCACCAAGCCAGACAUGCAUGGACAAUUCUACGAGAAUACCGUUGUCGUCCAGUACGACAAGGAUUUACUGGAGGUCUGGGACGAGGCCAAACGAUUACGAUGCGAAUGGUUCAACGAUUACGAAAAGACCGCCUCGAAACCGCCAAUGGUGAUCGCGGAUCUGGACGUUAUACAGUUAGACUUCCGAGGCGACAACGUGGACUGUUGGAUGGAAAUACAGCAUGGCAAGGGACCUUGGGCACCCCCGGUUUCCGGUAUAGUGCCCCUUGGAUCCACGCUCACCCUGGUCGUCGCCAUAAACGACUAUCGAGGAGAGUUCGACAUGCGAGUAAAAUCCUGCGUGGCCUCCGACGGAGGAGGACACACGAUACAACUGAGCGACGAGUUCGGCUGCGUGCUCAGGCCAAAGAUGAUUAGCCGAUUCCUGAAGGCACGGGGCUCCGACGACCGCGCAACAGUCAUCACUUACGCCUUCUUCCACGCGUUCAAGUUCCCCGACGCGUUGAGCGUCCACAUCAAGUGCAAGGUCGAGAUCUGUCGUCACGGGUGUCUGGAUCACUGUCAGCUCAGCGGAUCCGUCGGCCACUACAUCCAGGAGCGAAAGGAUCAGAUACGACCGCAGUACCCGCAGACCACGGCGCCGCCCAUCGUUCACAGCAACGACGACAACAACAGCGCGGACAAGAUUAACGAAAACGUGGGAGGAGCUGAACAGGCUGACGGUUCCCUUUACGAUGAUAUCAUUCAGGAUGGUGACGAGAUGACCUCGAUAGGGGGGCAUUUUCUGGGGGUCGAGAAGUCAGUGCCGAAGGCUCAGGCGCAGACUAGUAACCGGCUACCAGCGCCGGUUGUCGAGACACCGAGUGAAGAGGCGCAUCAGGAGGAUGGAGAUCUUAGCAGACCAUUUUUAGAGCCUCCAAGAGUAACGCGAUACGAGGGUGAGCCAGACCAGUUCCCGCACGGUCCCCGCAACCUGGAGGGCGACAGUGCAAUCCCUGUAACGCCUCUAUCAUCAGCGAACGGCCGACGAAAGCGUUCGGUGGUGGUGUCCGACCGAAAGACCCGCAGCGCCGACGUCGGUGUGAGCGGCCUAUACGAGGUGAUCUCCGAGGCUGAUUUGGCCUUCAGCCCGGACACUCACGCGGAGGCGGUGACCGUCUUCCAAGGUAGAAUCCGCGAGGAAGUGGUUUAUGGUAUCUGCCUGCCGAUGCCCGGUUUCAGCGCGUUGUUCAUCGUGGUGGCGCUCUCCGCGGUCGUUUCCGCUCUCGUAGCCGGCGCGAUGCUGCACCGGCUGCAGGCGCAGCGCGAGGCUGCCGACAGCAGAAAGAACAAUAGAGCAGUGCACUCGACCAACGGUUGGCUACCUUACGGGUUGCUGCGCGUACGUUGCACGGCGAGACCAGCUCAUCCGGAACAAAUUCAACAAAAACAAACGAAUCCAGUCGCCACGAGCCCCGCGGUCGAGAGAGGUUGACGAUUCGUGGACUUUUACGCUACGACUGUGUGUGUGACGCUCCACGAAAGACAAUGUGCAAUAAUACGCUGUACAAAGUAUUUUAAGUGCGUUCUAUCACGCGCGACAAUAUUUCGUUGAUCACCAUUAAGUCGCUUGAUUACGUCGGGACGGAUGGGAGGUUGACCUAACUGGAACGUGAACUGUUUUUGGAAUGUACGCCUGAUGAGAAGUCUGAUGGAGGGGCACAGUCGCAGGGAUUUAACUGUAACUUUGGUCGAGCUAACGAGACUGAAAUUGGGGAGCUUGCAAUUGUGCUCGAGGGACUUCUUGUGAGGCGUGCGGUUGGAUUGAAAGGGAGGGAUGUGUAUCUAUUUUUAGUGGGCUUAUGGGGAAUCUAGGGUAGAGUCUUGAUAAUUGAGAAUGGAAGUUAAUAUGUAUGCAAUCGUUGAGAUUUGUGUAGUUAACGAAAUCAGUUACUUUAUAUUAAAUAUAUAAUUAUGUAGGAACCGCAUAGUAUUUAAGAAGAAUAUAAGAAAAGUAUUUAUUUUAAAAAUAUGUCUAUUGGUUAACAGAGUUGUCUGCAUGUAUCAGUAAG